AUGCGGCUGCACGUGUCACUGCGGGUGGCAUUGCCCCUGCACAGGAGCACCCUGAAGAAAACCAAUCAACGGGCCCUACCCUACGUACAAACUAGGGCGCUCAUGAACACCCCAAAAGUAAGCACCCUCAAGAGCAUGGACAUGCCGAGUAUCCGGAAAAGCGUACAGUUGAGCAAAAAAAAAAAUAAUAAAUCAAAAAAUAUAUGGAGAGAUUACCUGUACGUAGUUAUUUUCAAACUUUAUAACAACCAAGUCGGGAAUUAUGUGGAUCUUAUGAUAAUUUUAAAAUUGUUAAGCAAACAAAUCUCUUUGGAAAAAAAAGUUCUGAAUUUUAUCUGUGAGAAACUGGAGAAUCACAUGUACAGACUGACCAUAAGGGAAUUAAGUCUACUAAUGUUGGUUCUCAGAAAACACAAGUUCGAUAAUUUGUAUUUCCUGAACUUGCUAGCCAAGUCUAUACUAAUUAAAAUGAAUAAAAAUUUGUCUUACAAAGACUUAGCAUUGAUAACCUUCAGUCUAUCGAGAAGCAUUUCCUUGACAGAGAAAGUAUACACGAAUGAAAUUUUCCAUCUAAGUGUUGUAAAAAUACACAACGAUUUGAAGAACCUAAAUUUCCACUCCCUCACUUUGUUCUUCUACUCCUACAGUCUUUAUUUUCUUCACCAUUUUGAACACUUCAAUUCCUUUUUUUAUAUGACCAAGAAUUUUAUCCAAAUGAUAAAAAAAAAUAUGUAUCUCUUCAACCCCACUGAUUUAAUGUUUACCUUUUUAUCUGCCAUCCAUAUUUACGACUCUUUCAAUAACGGUGUAAGGAAUGUGCAAUGCGACAGCGUGAGGAUUUCAUCAGGUGCAGAAGUUUCACUUACAUAUGCAACCUUACCCAGGGGAGAACCUACGAAUAAUUAUGCAUUAACUAAUUAUACUGAGACUUAUGAUCAACCAACACUUGUACCCUCAAAGAUGACACGCGCAGAAAACCCCGCCACGAUGAGUGCUACCACAGAGGCACUUCAUCAAGCAAAUUACCCCAACGAAAAAGUGGAGAAACAGGAUGGAAAAGCCCGCGAAGAGACACUUUCUAAUUUCCUAACCCAAGUGAGGUACGCAAUUGUAGAGAAGCUAAAGUGCUUCAAAGUGGAAGAAGUGACAAACGUACUGUUUGCCUCGAUAGAUAGAGAUUUCACCAUUAACAAGAGGUACUUCCCCUUUUUGCAAAAGGAUAAAAUACACAUUGAGGAUUACCUGCAUGUGUACGUGAAGAAGGGUCAGAUGUGGGAAGAGCAGCAUGUGGAAAGGGGAGAACUCCCACAUUGUCGUGCCAAUCCCCCCGCGGAAGAAUCCUCCCAUGUACCCCCCCAACCGACAAACUAUAUCAUCAGAAUUAGCCAAGGCAAUCACCAGGAGGAAUCAUUCAUUCAUGCACUGUCGGAGGAAAUAAUUUAUCGUAACGAAUUCCUGACAGCGCGACAAAUACUUUUAUUGCUCUACGCUUUGAGGGGAAAUAACACCCCAUUUAUACAAUUGGAGAAAAUUCUAUUGAAGCGCUUGGUGUGUCUGGAAAAGGAACUAACGGUCAGUCAAGUUAUGUUCGUCUAUCAGUACCUCUACUUCAGGACAUGCUUGUUUCACGAACUGAGGAGGUAUGCUCCAAAAGUGUAUAAACAUGAUAGGGGAAAAAAGGAGGUGUUCCUCUUAUGCGAUGGUGACAGUGCAACCGGAGAAAUUAGCCAACAGGAAGACCAAUCUACCUUGCCAAGUGAACGAAAAAAUGAGAAGGACAACAAGGUGUACUACCUCCACGAUGAUACAUCCCACUUGAAGAAAAGGAGAAAAAGGGAUGGGACAAAAAUUUUCCUGUAUGAUAAUUUUAUUUUUAAGUACCCAGCACAGGUCGUCAGUACAGAAGGGGAAGAAGUAGCAAAUUUACAAGAAAAAAAAGAAUUAAAAAAUUUCAUUAGUAUGAAAAGAAGGAGAGAUUCCUUAUCAGAGGUAAAUCGUUCAACCGUAAGGAAUGACGAGGAUAAGAUACUCACUGGCGAGACCGAAUACCAAAUCACUUGUUACAAUUUCUACCUGGAUGUAUACAAAAUUGUUUGUUUGAAAAUGUUAAACUUCCUAAAAAAUGAAAACAUAAACACCUGCACAAUAUUGCAUGUUCUGGAUAUAUUCAAAAAGUUAAACAUAAGAGACUAUAGAAUGAUCAGACAUCUGUAUAAAAUGGAGAAAGAUAUUUUAUUUUUGGAUAAUGCCAACCUGGAGAAGGUGUUAAAAAUCCUCCUUAAUUUUAACCUCUAUAAUAUAAUGCAUUAUUUGGGGGUGCAUAGAAUUCUGCAAUUUAUUAAUUUCAAUUCCGUGGAUGAAUGCGUGUCCAUUUUGGGUAUCCUUGGGAUGAUGUCCACGCGGAAGAAGACGGGGCACCAUGAGGGGAGGGAGAAGGCAUUCCCUAAUUUUCCUACCGCAUGCACUGAAAAUGCUAUCAAUUAUAUUUUAAAAAAUUUAAAAGACUUGUCCAAUAUUAAUGCGUUGGAGAAGAUUCAGAUAACGCCCGUGUACAAUUCCUUACCAUUGAAAUAUUUCAAGCUUUUCAAAAAUGUGCGCUCUGUGAGAGGUUUGGCUCAACUUUGGUUUCAACAAAAUGGAGGGAAAAAAAAUCACCUUGCCUGGUCAGGUGAAAAUGAUCCAAAUAGGAUAAGAAACUUUGUGUUGCAUUUUGUGGAUGACGUUAAUUUGGGAAAAGUGCCAUUUGGGUCAAAUGGUUCUUGUCGACUCGACUACGGGGGUGCCAAUCAAAUGAGGCAAACUCCAAAUGCCACUGCCCAGGUGAAUUGCAUCACCGAGUACAGAGAUAUCGAGGAGGAAAUAUUUCAGGAUCUGCACACAAUUUUUCCGCAGACAGUUGAAGUUUAUAAAAAUGUGAAUGUGUCGAAUUACACAUUUCCGAUGGCCAUUAAUUUGCUAACGCUGGGGGGUGCAAUACCUAAUAGAUCUAGUCAGGCUAACGCGACUGACUUGGUAAAGAAACACUCCCUUGGAAAUCAAUGCGGAAGUGAUCGACCCAUGCGGAUACAAGAACUGGAUAGGAAAAAUACCCUCCUUGUGGACAUUCUGUAUGGCCAGGAUUUUUACUACUGCCUGAGUGGAAACAAAGAGCAACAGUUGAAGAAGCACAACAUUUACGUGGCCUACUAUGGCAUGCAUGCGAAUAAGACAAAUAAGAAAAUGGUUAAUUAUAAAAAGUACAGCAUAUUGAAGUGCAUUAGAAAAAGUGGGUACCAUUUCAUUUGCAUUGAUGCCAAGAGGUAUGUAAAAAACAAAAAAAAAAACCGAGACAAUCACCUGAACAGAGAUUACCUAACUAGUUUAAUACUUGAUUUGAUUAAGAGGAAGAAAAGAAUUCCCCUGGGUAUAAACAGAAGGGUUAGUCGAAAAAAUACCUCAGGUACAUCAUCGCGAAAACGGCGCAGAAGAAGGCCACUUUUGAGAGAAAAAAGGCACACGUGCAGCGUUCAAGGGGUGAUUUCCCAUGUAGAAACAAACAAAUACCUCCACAAGGUACACACUGGGGGGGAAAAGGUGAGCUUCCCCGGGACUAACCAUCUGGAGAAGUUGCGGUACAUGUUCCAGCUUGGAUAA